AGGUGGUUUGGGAUACUAUUAGAUGUUGUUUCUCGCAUGGCUACUGAUAUUAUAUGUCCACAUGAUCGGCAAUUCAAGAGAGUAUCAAAUAAAAUUAAGGAUGACAAUCGGUAUUGGCCAUAUUUUAAAGGUUGCAUAGGGGCAAUUGACGGAACACAUGUCCCAGUUGUGGUACCUAGAGAAAUGCAAGUGCCAUAUAUAGGUAGAAAAGGAAAUACAACUCAAAAUGUUAUGGCUGUAUGUGAUUUUAAUAUGUGUUUCACAUUUGUCUGGGCUGGAUGUGAGGGUGCUGCUCAUGAUUCACGUAUAUUCAUGGAGGCCUUGAGAAGACCAGAAUUGAAAUUUCCUUAUCCCCCUUCUGGCAAAUAUUAUUUAGUUGAUGCUGGAUAUCCACAUAUGAAUGGAUAUAUUGGACCUUAUAGGGGUGAACGAUAUCAUCUUCCUGAAUUUCGACGUGGAAGUCAUCCAAGAGGGAAAAAAGAGAUAUUUAAUCAGAGACAUUCAUCCUUAAGAUGCACAAUAGAAAGAACUUUUGGUGUUUGGAAAAAUAGAUGGACAAUGAUUCGUCUCAUGCGUAACUUCCCUUUUGAAAAACAGGUACAAAUUGUUGUUGCUUCAAUGGCCUUACACAAUUUUAUUAGGAAGCAUUCCAUGACAGAUCAAGAGUUCCAACCUUAUGAUGAUGAUGAUGAGCUACUUCCACCUGGACAUGAGGAAGAUCAUAGAGAUGAAGAAAUUGUUGAUGAAAAUUUUACUCAUAGGCGAGAGAUGGAUGUUGAACGAGAAAGGAUUGCUAAUCUUCUUAUAUCUAGUUAAUGCUUAUUUCACAUUUGAUUGUCAUGCAACUAUAACGUGUCAUUUUGUUUUCAAGAAACAAACACAUAUUCUCAAUAAGUAUGUAUAAUUUUGUUA